AUGUCGCUGGUGGAGCAAGCCAAGAAGAAGGCGGCGCAUGCUGCCGUGGAUGACUACAUCGCCAAACAUCUCCAGAACGUGGACGAAGAAGCGCCGCUCGUGGUGGGCAUCGGCAGUGGCUCCACCAUCGUCUACGCGGUGGAGCGAUUGAUCGAGAUUGUGGGCGAAGCCAAGAAGGCACAUGGCGGUAAAGCAAGGCAGGUUGUGUGCAUUCCCACAUCCUUCCAAGCCACCCAGCUCAUUCAAGAUGCCCCGCAUGGAUUGCUUCAUCUUGGAGAUCUGGCCAGGCAUUCGGUGAUCGACGUGGCCAUCGACGGAGCCGAUGAAGUGGACGCCAACCUGCAGCUCAUCAAGGGCGGUGGCGGCUGCUGCACGCAGGAGAAGAUCGUUGCUGUCAACGCCAAGCAAUUCGUGGUGGUGGCAGACUACCGCAAGCAGUCAAAGCUGCUGGGCGAGAAGUGGCGGAAAGGCGUACCCGUCGAAGUCAUCCCCAUAAGCUACAAGCCCCUCAUGCGCAAGUUCGAGACCCUCGGCGGACGCCCCGUGCUGCGCAUGGGAGAGCCGGCCAAGGCAGGUCCGUGCGUGACCGACAACGGAAACUUCCUCAUCGACGUCGAUUUCGGCACCAUCGCCGACCCCGAGGGCCUCCACAAGGAGAUCAAGCUCCUGGCCGGCGUCGUGGAGACAGGACUCUUCAUCAACAUGGCCGAGAAAGCUUACUUCGGUCUGGAGGACGGAACGGUGUCUGCCAUCACCAAGCCCUUAGCCAAGGAAUGA